AUGGGGUGGUUUGAAAGUGAUAAGGUAGUUGUUACCACAACUAAAUCUGGAGGUCUCAGAGAUUAUGCGAAAACAAUGACUCACUUUGCCGAAGAGUUAAGUUUAAUAAGAAAGGAUGUGGCAACUUUGGUGGCCACUGUUGCUCGUAUGAACGAAUCACUCUCCAAGGUGUACGAUAGGGGACAAGUAGACCCUGGAAAUACUAAACGUCAAAAAAUUAGGACAGACAAACAAGACGGAACUCGCAACGACCAAGGUGACAAUGUGAAAGGAUUUACAAAUCUUGAUAAAACUUUUGCUCCCUCUAUUGAAGUCAUCCGUGAGAAAAAACAUGCAAAACAACCUUAUAAUGAGGUAUGA